GCUCGGAUCCUUCCGCCCCGCUCCCUCUCGUCCGUCCCCGCCGGCCGGAGACCCGGGGCUGCCCACCAAGGGCCCGAGAUAGGUGUCCUUUAGAGCCCGAGGUCCACCUUCUUAUCGCAUUCCCGAAGAGGGGCUACUGCGGGCUCCAGAGGAGAAAGGGACUUUUUGAGGAGAAAAGCGGAGGCAGACGAUGAAGGGAAGGCGAGCUCAAGUAGGCGAUUUUCGCGCGCUUUGUCGCGGGGGGUUGUGGGUAGCUCGCCGGGAGGGAAAAGAAAACCCCGAAGCCGGGUCGCGCCGCCCGUCGGGCCGGAGGGAAUGUUCGAGGACGAGCCCCACGCCGAGGGGGCGGCGGUGGUCGCCGCGGCCAGGGAGGCGCUGCAGGCCCUGUGCCAGGAGCUGAACCUGGACGAGGGGAGCGCGGCCGAAGCCCUGGACGACUUCACCGCCAUCCGCGGCAACUACAGCCUGGAGGGAGAAGUCAUACACUGGCUGGCAUGUUCUUUAUAUGUUGCUUGUCGCAAGAGCAUCAUUCCUACAGUGGGAAAGGGUGUCAUGGAAGGAAACUGUGUUUCACUGACCAGAAUACUGCGUUCAGCUAAAUUAAGCUUAAUACAGUUUUUUAGUAAAAUGAAGAAGUGGAUGGACAUGUCAAACCUACCACAAGAAUUUCGUGAACGUAUAGAAAGGCUAGAAAGAAAUUUUGAAGUAUCUACUGUAAUUUUUAAAAAAUUUGAGCCCAUUUUUUUAGAUAUAUUUCAAAAUCCAUAUGAAGAACUACCAAAGUUGCCACGAAGCAGGAAGCAGAGAAGGAUUCCUUGCAGCGUAAAGGAUCUCUUUAAUUUCUGCUGGACACUCUUUGUUUACACAAAGGGUAAUUUUCGUAUGAUUGGGGAUGAUUUAGUAAACUCCUAUCAUUUACUUCUGUGCUGCUUGGACUUGAUUUUUGCCAAUGCUAUUAUGUGCCCAAAUAGACGAGAUUUGCUAAAUCCAUCAUUUAAAGGUUUACCAUCUGAUUUCCAUGCUCCUGACUUCAAAGCUGCACAAGAACCUCCCUGUAUCAUUGCUGUACUUUGUGAUCUGCAUGAUGGACUUCUAGUAGAAGCAAAAGGAAUAAAGGAGCAUUACUUCAAGCCAUAUAUUUCAAAACUCUUUGACAAAAAGAUUUUAAAAGGUGAAUGUCUCUUGGACCUUUCCAGUUUUACUGAUAACAGCAAAGCAGUGAACAAGGAGUAUGAGGAAUAUGUUCUAACUGUGGGUGACUUUGAUGAGAGGAUCUUUUUGGGAGCAGAUGCAGAGGAGGAAAUUGGAACACCUCGAAAGUUUGCUGCUGACACCCCAUUUGGGAAACUGACUUCAGAGGCCAAUGUGGAAUACAACCUUCAACAACACUUUGAAAAGAAACAGUCAUUUGCACCUUCUACCCCACUUACUGGACGGCGGUAUUUACAAGAAAAAGAGGCAGUCACUACGCCUGUUGCUUCAGCUACCCAGAGUGUAAGCCGUUUACAGAGUAUUGUGGCUGGACUGAAAAAUGCACCAAGUGAACAACUUGUGAAUAUUUUUGAAUCUUGUAUGCGGAAUCCUAUGGAAAACAUUAUGAAAAUAGUGAAAGGAAUAGGAGAGACUUUCUGCCAACACUAUACUCAGUCCACAGAUAAACAGCCAGGAUCUCACAUAGACUUUGCUGUAAACAGAUUGAAACUGGCAGAAAUUUUGUAUUAUAAAAUAUUAGAGACUGUAAUGGUCCAGGAAACACGAAGACUUCAUGGCAUGGACAUGUCAGUUCUUUUAGAGCAAGAUAUAUUUCAUAGAUCCUUGAUGGCUUGUUGUUUGGAAAUUGUGCUCUUUGCCUAUAGCUCACCCCGUACUUUUCCUUGGAUUAUUGAAGUUCUUGAUUUGCAACCAUUUUAUUUUUAUAAGGUUAUUGAGGUGGUGAUCCGAUCAGAGGAAGGGCUUUCCAGAGAUAUGGUGAAACACCUGAACAGCAUUGAAGAGCAGAUUUUGGAAAGUUUAGCUUGGAGUAGUAAUUCUGCACUGUGGGAAUCUCUCCAUGCUUCUGCAAGCAAAGUUCCUACCUGUGAAGAAGUUAUAUUCCCAAAUAACUUUGAAAUAGGAAAUGGAGGGAAUGUACAGGGACAUCUCCCUAUGAUGCCAAUGUCUCCAAUAAUACAUCCAAGAGUGAAGGAAGUUCGGACUGAUAGUGGGAGUCUUCGACGGGAUAUGCAACCAUUGUCUCCGAUCUCUGUCCAUGAACGCUUCAGCUCUCCUGCUGCAGGGAGUGCUAAGAGGAGACUUUUUGGAGAUGACCCACCAAAGGAGAUGUUUAUGGAUAAGAUCAUCGCAGAAGGAACAAAACUGAAAAUUGCUCCUUCAAGUGUUACUGCUGAAAGUUUAUCAAUUUCCCCUGGGCAAGCUCUGCUGACAAUGACCACAACCACAGUAACAGGGACAACAGGACAGAAAGUUACAGUUCCUUUGCAUGGUGUUGCCAAUGAUGCUGGAGAGAUCACACUGGUUCCUAUUUCCAUGAAUACAACUCAGGAGUGCAAAGCUGAGAGCCCUGUAUCACUGACUGCCCAGUCAUUAAUUGGUGCUUCUCCAAAACAGACCCAUCUGACUAAAGCACAAGAUGCUCAUCUGACUGGAAUAAGCAAACCCAAGAGAACCGGGUCCUUAGCACUGUUUUAUAGAAAGGUCUAUCAUUUGGCAAGUGUGCGCUUACGUGAUUUAUGUUUAAAACUUGAUGUUUCAAAUGAGUUACGAAGGAAGAUCUGGACAUGUUUUGAAUUCACUUUAGUUCACUGCCCUGAUUUAAUGAAAGAUAGGCAUUUGGAUCAGCUCCUUCUGUGUGCGUUUUACAUCAUGGCAAAAGUAACAAAAGAAGAACGAACUUUUCAAGAAAUAAUGAAAAGUUAUAGGAAUCAGCCACAAGCUAAUAGUCAUGUAUAUAGGAGUGUUCUCUUAAAAAGUAUUCCAAGAGAAGUUGUGGCAUACAGUGGUGAUUGUGAAAUGACAGAUGGUGACAUAGAAGAUGCCACGAAGACGCCCAACUGUUCCAGUGAACCAAUGAAGGAGGAAAGAGGUGAUCUUAUCAAAUUCUACAAUACAAUAUAUGUAGGAAGAGUGAAGUCAUUUGCAUUGAAGUAUGAUUUGUCCAAUCAGGACCAUAUAGUGGAUGCUCCACCCCUCUCUCCUUUCCCGAAUAUUAAGCAGCAGCCAGGCUCCCCACGCCGCAUUUCCCAGCAGCAUUCCAUUUAUGUUUCACCACACAAAAAUGGAUCAGGCCUUACCCCCAGGAGUGCUCUGUUGUACAAGUUCAAUGGCAGCCCUUCUAAGAGUUUGAAAGAUAUCAACAACAUGAUAAGGCAAGGUGAGCAGAAAACCAAGAAGCGGGUAAUAGCCAUCAGUGGAGAUGCUGAAUCACCUGCCAAACGCCUCUGCCAAGAGAAUGAUGAUGUUUUACUUAAACGACUACAAGAUGUUGUCAGUGAAAGAGCAAAUCACUAAUGGCACUCCUUUUUCUGGUCAAAGCACUUUGGGGUUGUUCUGGAGAAAGUUGGGGGCUCCAUCCUCACACUUUUAUCACUGGGUUAUUCAAAAACUUGCACCAAAAGUAAGUUCCUUCUUAAAAAUUUUUAUUCAAAAUGUAUCUGACAAACAUGUAUUUUCAGUAAGAUUAGAAUUUUAAGUGCCUUUAUAAAUAUUAAUAUUUUUUAAAAUGUUUGUUCCUUGGCUUACUUUUUAGGAUGAAUUAAGGAGAAACUAUUUUUUAGCUGUCUUUUCAAAAUGAUCAAAUGUCUCCUGUACUUUUUAAUAUGAGGUCAGUGAGUCUUCUUUGAGAUGCUUGUGCUGUAUGCUCAUGUUGAAGGUUAGGUUAGUUCCCACAAUUUGAGAGCUCGGUGAUGCACCAGCCUGCCUUGGGCCCAACUCUAGUAACUGUGCAUCAGGUGCCACCACUGUGUUAAACUGGCUGCACCCUUGUCUCCUUCCUGUCCUUAAGUACAAGCAACUUUGUACUUAAAACUGCUACAUAGUUUUGAUUUUCAUGAUAUUACCUUAAUUAUUAUACGUGAUUGUAUUCAGUCAUGUAGUUCUUAAACUGUUUCUUAAUCUAGUAAAAUAAAAUUCAGAUAAAUGAGAAAUUAAAUUUCUUUAAUAAAGUAGCAUUAUGAUAAGAUCAUUCUUGUUGGGUAUAGUGGGACAUACCUAUAAUUCCAGCAACACAGGAGGAUUGCUGGGAAUGUCAGGCCAGCCUAGCUGCAUAGCAAGUUCCAGAGUAACUUGGGCUACAUAGCAAGAUCCUGACUCAAAAAAGAUCAAUUUUCAUUCUCAUUGUUUAUUUCCUGAAAAUAUUCACAUUAAAAUCACUUCAUGCCUUAUAAUCGAAAUGCUUUUUCUUUCUGUCUUAUAUAUCACUCUUUGUCCCAAUAAUUAUGGUUUCUCGUGAGUUUUCCACUGGGGUUUAACUCCUGGAUCCCCUUGAAGAUCUUUCCACACUGGAGGUAUAGCUUUCUAAAGAAUCAGGUCUUUAGUGUUCACCUUUUCCUGGGUGUUUCUAGACUUUGAAAGGAUGUGAAUAAGCCAUUCUUAACUAAUAUCUAGAUGAUGUUCCAGUAUAAAUAUUUUAGCUGCAAACUUGUUUUUUUAAAUAUAAAAUGUUGACCUGGCAGUCUCACUCAGAUAAUGUUUAACUUUUCCAAAACUAGCUAAUUUGAAUUACUCCAAGAUUUGGCUACCAAUUAAUGAUGAGUGGUAACCAAAAUUUUAUUUUAAAAUUUUAAAAAGAGAUUUGGUUUUGUUUUAUUUUUCUGAAAAUUGUAUUCUUAUGUUUUGUGUAGUAUCUACACACUGUAAUAAGCCAAAUAAUAGUCUGUCUUGCAUCCUUGUACAUAUUUCUGUGUAACUGUAACUACUGUGUCACUUUCAUUAUUAAUGUACAAAAUAUAAAUGUGGAUUUAUUCAUUGAUUGUGUUAAAAAAAAACACUUGAGACAUGUUUUUACCAAUUUUCAGGACUUUGUAUUAAUGUACAUAAAACAGUUAAUAAAAAUUAGAAUUUUAAAAACUAUUAAA